AUGCCCCCAACAACGGGCACGCGAACGUCGACACGACAAGGUCGAGCCACGGUGCGACCCACGAAUUACUAUGCGCGCGGCUUUGCUGGAAGACUUGCUGCGAGCGGGUUGGAGCAGACGCCCGAGUCGCACAGCGCGCCGGGCUUCCUGCCCGCCCUCACACACUUCUCUGGAGCAGCGGACGCAUUUCCGAAAGAAAUUAUCAAGCACUUCUCCAUGUUCAAGGAAGUGGAGGCCAAGCUUCAUGACCCAGAGCAGAUGCUGAAGGCGCUGCUUGACGAGAUCGCCCGACAGCCCAUCACAACGAAGGCGCAGCGCGUCGCGGAGCAAAACACUCCAGGACAAGAUGUCAGCGCAAAUCAUCUCCCCCACAACUUCGACAGCCUGGCUCCCGAAGAGCAGGCUACCUACCAGAAGCGUCAGCUUUUCUACCGCCUCCGCAUGCUCAUCGUGAACAUGCUCCCCACACUCGACGAGAAGCUUGUGGUAUUGCAUGGCGCAAAAGCUACCAAAGCAAAGGGUCUCGCGAGGAUGCAGAACUCGUUCUCCCAGCUCGACAGCGAGUUCAGCGAAGAGGCACGGUACGGCAGCCUCAACCACUGGGCUUACGCGGAUAAGGAAGAGAAAAAGAAGGGUGGGCCGUCACAUGAGCGGCAGCGGCGCGAGGUUGCAGCGGCAAAUAAUCUGGCUGCAGCUGCCCAGCACGUCCACGAUGUAGACUCUAUAGCUGCCAAGAGCGAGGCUCGACGCGAGGCAAUGUUGGCGAACAAGCGCAAUCGACAUCAACAACAAGUCGAUUCUGACUUCGACGAUCGGCCAGCCAAGAAGCCGCAAAAGAGGAAGGCUGCGGCGGCCGACGUGCCAGCGCCAGACAAUCGCACCAUAGGCCUGGGUAUAUCGAGCAACGGCGCAGGGCCGCAGGGGAAGAGAAAGAAGACGGAGAAAGCGCUUGCUGCAGCAACGCCAGCAGCCCCGCCUAUGGAACGAACUUUGAGCGCGGCGCUCAAGGCUGCGGCCAAUGGUGGGCGCGCUGGGUCAAGCCCAAGAGUGACUCCAGGCUUGGAGAAUGGUGCAGCGACGAAACGCAAACCACGAGCGCCUCCUGUGCCGACGCAACGCAAGAAUAUUCUUCCACCUUAUUCACCACCCCCUGCCCCAUCGCCUCUCGCCGCAAACUUCGCCAUCAACAAAGCGACUGCUGGUAUCUCGGAACGUCCAUUGUCGUCACGCGCUAGAAAGAACUCGAUAGCAAACUCAAUCGCGUCCGUCAAUGCUCCAGAACAACCCGUUAGCCGCCGCCCUUCGUCUUCCCAUUCAGUUCAGCAAGUCGUUGGUAGCAACGUAAUCUCUGAACUCGAACAAGCGGCAGGCAUCGUGCGUGAUAAUGUCUCCAACAGGGGCGGAUCGACCCCGGAAAUUAUGGACGCUCCGCAGCCGCUCGAAGUAUCUUCUCUCAAGAUCGAAGAAGAACACCCCCAGGAACCGGAGAGCAUGGACAUUGACUAUCCAACAUCAGUGCCAUUGACAGCGGCUAGGGCAGGCCGAGCGUCCAAGACUGCGACGCCUGUAGUUGGAGCAUUCCCAGAUGUUCCUAUGGCUCGAAGUCGCAGCACCAGAAACGCGAACAACGGCAACGGCAACAACAGCAACUCCAACGCCUCGUCGGAGAACAACAGCACCACGACAAGUGCUGUGUCGAAGCGAGGCCAAAAGAAGAACACACAGCAAACUACAAGCAAUAUUCUUGCUUCCCCAGCGUUGAAGUCCGCGCCUGACACACAAUCAAACCAUCCAUCCUCGACAGCAAGCUCUCCAGCUCCUGAACAAGAAUACCAAGACGCAGAGACAGACGACGAAGCCGACGAACCACGCUACUGUUACUGCAACCAAGUUUCAUACGGCAACAUGGUCGCAUGCGAUAACGAUGCCUGCCCUCGCGAAUGGUUCCAUCUCCCCUGCGUCAAGCUGGAGAGAGCGCCUGCUGGCAGAACGAAGUGGUUCUGCAGUGACGAGUGCAGAGAGAUGCACGACAAGGCGAAGCCAAAGUCCAAGGGCGGACGGCCGGGAAGCUCUAACAAACAAUAG